AUGGAACAAGUAGACAAUAUAUCAAAGAGACGCAGGGGUAGACCAAGAAAAUCAUCUAGUCAAAACAAAAUCUUGGCAGAACAACACUCAAAUUAUGAUGAUGAAACGUUUGAUGUGGCUACAUCAGCUGUAAAGGCUCUUCAGGCAGUUGAAAGAGUCACUGAGGAUCCUGACUUCAUGGAAAAUAUGAUUGAAAAUGUGGGAGACAACGAUGACGAAGAGUUCCAAGAUAAUGGAAUUCCUUCCGAAGAUGAUGAUGCUGAUACACCACUUGAAGAAGCUGAUGAUGAUGAAACUUUUGAAGAGGAAAAACCAAAGAGAAAAGUACGUAAAGUAAAGACAGAGACAGUGACAACUUUGAAAAAAGUGACAAAAACUAAGACACCCAUUAAUAAAAAUCGUAUUAUUAGAGCUUUGAAAGAUCUAAGUGCGGCUAAAGAUAAAAUUAGCAGAAUUUAUGGAACUAAUGAAACACGUUUACUGGAAUUGGCAAAAAUUAAAGAGGGAUUUGAAGCUUACCUUUUCGAUUUCCCGGAGCAGCACCUUCAAAAACCUUCAGAAUACUAUAUUCCUAAAAUUACACCUUCAAGUCAGAAAAAUAUAUAUGGUCAAUUACAUGAGAAAUUAGUCGGAAAUAAAUGGUCUUUAUUGUCAAGACAAGAAGCCGAUAGAAAAUUUAAACGUAGGUCUGAACCAUUGGAAGUCCUGAUUGGUGAUGUGCAAACGACUUUAGAUACUUCAGAAAAGGUGGAAUUCCCAGUUUUUUCAAACUAUGAACGAAAAGGGUUUGUGUAUAAUAGUGGGGGUAUGGUUACAGAUAUUGCAUGGUUAUCGCAAGAUGAGGUGAGCGACCAAUAUUUAGCUGUAGCUGUUUCUCAGUAUUCAGAUAAUCCUUCCAAUCCCGAAUUAAGAAGUUUCAAUGCAGUAUCUCAUAUAUCGAGUAUCCAAAUAUUUAAAAUGAAUUCUGCCACAUUUGGGUUUAAAAAGGUACAGACUAUAUUACAUAACAGUGGUGAAAUUUGGAACUUAAAAUGGCAUGAAGGGUGUAAAUCCGAUGAUAGUGUAGGUGUCUUGUUUUUUGUUAGUCAGGAUGGAUGCUUGAAGUUUAUAGAGGCCUCCACGAAUAAUUCGGAGGAAGAAGAAAUUAUACUAUAUGAUGAUAUUAAGACUAGUAUAUCAGUCCCCGAUAAUCUUAUUACAUGUUUUGAUUUUCUUUCACCAUCGAGUGUUGUGUGUGGAUUCAGAGAUGGUAAUAUUGGGGAGUUUGAUAUUCUCGCAGAUUCGACAGUCCCAUCAUUCUUUCAGAAGGUACAUGACACAUAUGUCCUCAAUAUAGUGGUUGCAUACUCUGAUUAUGAAAAGACAUCUGUUGCCUCAAAUAGUGUUGAUGGCACCAUAUUUGUGUUUGAUCCGCAAGAUAUCAAAUCAACUAAAACUGCUCUAGAUCAAAGGUUUCGUGGUAGUAAUACAGCACCUCUAGUCUAUAAUCCUCAGUUAUAUGCACUUGUAUAUUCUGAUGGUUCUAAUUCGGUUAAGGCAGCAAUUCCUCGUGCUCUGUUUGCAACCCAUCAGUUAGGAGCUACAAAUGCAACUGUGACUGCUAUUAGCACAUCUAAAUGUCAUCCCUUCGAUCUUUGUGGGGGGUCAGAUGGAUCAGUUUACAUUGAAAAUCUAAUAAGGAGGUUUUUGACCGGUAUUAAAAACAUUUCGGAAACUCACAAAAAUUUGAGGCUCUGGAAAUGGGAUUACGAUCAAGUUAAUAAGAACUUUAGAUUGAAUCAUCACUAUGAAACAUUUAAAUGUACUUCUGCAGGUUCAAGUAAGAUAGCUAUUGAUGUGCAUGGUAUUAAUGUGACAAGUAUUAAAUGGAACGAAAAUGAAAAAUCUGGGAAAUUUUAUGCAUUUAGUAAUAGUGCUGGUUUAUUGACCAUUGAAAAAUUAGAUUCAGUUAUAUAA